AUCAAGACAAACUGUCACUGCUAAUAAAACUCAAGAACACGCACACGGACAAAAGAAGCGAGUUUUGCAAAGACUUCUUCCUGUUUUCUGCAGAUUCCGUCAUUUAACAAAUCAACUCCCUCAUCUAUAGCCCUAUGAGGAGAAUUUCCGUCUCGUUUAAUCGCGCAGUCUUGCAGUCAUGAACCGCGUUUCAAUUCCUCAAAUCUCCAUAUUCACUUUCUCAGUUCUUGUCCUUUUGUUCUCCAUCUUUUUCCAUUUCUCUCUUGACCAAGAAAAGCGAACUUCGAUUAAGAUUGAGCCGCCUCAGGAUACCCAUGUGAAGAAUCACAUAAUCCGAUUCAUUCAGUACAAGAAAGCCCAGGACCACAGAGAAUAUCUUGAACGCAAUGUGAAAUUAAAGGGGUGGGAAUGGGUAGAGAGGAAAAACCCUGCAAUGAAAUUCGACACCGAUUUCGCACUUGUAGCGAUUCAAGAAUUUAUGUUGGAACUUCUGAUUGGGGAGUUUGGGAAAUUGGAGCUGGUUAAGGAUGUGUCGUUGGAUUUGAGCUACCAGAGAGGGGUUCUUGAAGAGAGGAAUGGGAAAGUUGGGGCCUUCGUGGAUGGUAAGAAAAGGCCAGGCAAGAUUUUCACCGCCAUGUCCUUUGACGAAGACGAGAAUUAUGAUGCAGUGGCGAGCACGAGUAGCUCAAGAAUUACCUGGAGGAGGAAUCUAAUGAUGCGGGGACCUCAGAUUACGUCCUUGUUUGGAGCAGAUGCACUCUGGUCAAAGGGGUAUACCGGUGCAAAAGUGAAAAUGGCUAUUUUUGAUACUGGAAUCCGAGCACUGCAUCCACAUUUUCGUAAUAUCAAGGAACGCACAAAUUGGACAAAUGAGGAUACGCUAAAUGAUAAUCUUGGACAUGGGACUUUUGUGGCUGGUGUUAUUGCUGGCCAAGAUGCUGAAUGUCUUGGUUUUGCUCCAGAUGCCGAAAUAUAUGCUUUUCGGGUGUUUACUGAUGCACAGGUAUCAUACACGUCAUGGUUCCUUGAUGCAUUCAACUAUGCAAUUGCAACCAAGAUGGAUGUGCUAAAUUUGAGCAUUGGUGGACCUGAUUAUCUUGAUCUUCCGUUUGUGGAGAAGGUUUGGGAAAUUACAGCCAAUAAUAUUAUUAUGGUAUCAGCAAUUGGAAACGAUGGACCACUUUAUGGAACUCUGAACAAUCCAGCAGAUCAAAGUGAUAUAAUUGGUGUUGGUGGUAUUGAUUACAAAGAUCACAUUGCCUCAUUCUCGUCACGUGGCAUGAGUACUUGGGAGAUACCUCAUGGCUACGGUCGUGUGAAGCCUGACAUUGUUGCUUAUGGACGGGAGAUCAUGGGAUCCAAGAUUAGUACAGGAUGUAAAAGCUUAUCAGGCACCAGCGUGGCAAGUCCUGUAGUUGCUGGUAUAGUGUGCCUACUUUUUAGCAUUAUUCCUGAAAGCAAGCGAAAAGAGAUUCUCAAUCCAGCCAGUAUGAAACAAGCACUUGUUGAAGGUGCUGCAAAGCUCUCUGGUCCCAACAUGUAUGAGCAGGGUGCAGGCAGGGUUGAUCUACUGGAAUCGUUUGAAGUUUUGAAGAGUUAUCAACCUCGGGCUAGCAUUUUCCCCAGUGUCCUUGAUUAUACUGAUUGUCCUUACUCUUGGCCUUUCUGCCGUCAACCGCUAUAUGCAGGUGCCAUGCCAGUUAUCUUUAAUGCUACUAUUUUGAAUGGGAUGGGUGUAACUGGUUACAUUGAAAGUCCACCAGCAUGGCACCCUUUGAAUGAGGAAGGCAAUCUUAUCAGCAUUCACUUCACUUACUCAGAUAUCAUUUGGCCAUGGACUGGUUUUCUGGCACUUCACGUGCAAAUCAAGGAAGAAGGGGCACAGUUUUCUGGUGAAAUAGAGGGCAAUGUAACUGUUAAAAUUUAUAGCCCACCAGCCCAAGGAGAGAAACUCCCUCGAAGUAGUACUUGUUUCCUAAGCUUGAAACUAAAAGUUGUUCCUACUCCACCAAGAUCAGCAAGGAUCUUAUGGGAUCAAUUUCACAAUAUCAAAUACCCGCCUGGUUAUAUCCCAAGAGAUUCCUUGGAUGUUAGGAACGACAUCCUUGACUGGCAUGGAGACCACUUACAUACAAAUUUCCACAUAAUGUUCAAUAUGUUACGAGACUCAGGGUAUUAUGUAGAAACGCUUGGUUCUCCUUUUACUUGCUUUGAUGCUCACCAAUAUGGGACACUUCUGCUGGUAGAUCUUGAAGAUGAAUACUUCGAUGAAGAAAUAAAAAAACUGAGAGAUGAUGUGAUCAAUACUGGACUAGGUCUUGCAGUCUUUGCUGAUUGGUACAAUUUGGAGUCUAUGGUGAAGAUGAAGUUUUUUGAUGAUAAUACAAGGAGCUGGUGGACGCCUGUCACUGGAGGUGCAAACGUGCCUGCGCUAAACGAUCUUUUGGCCCCAUUCGGGAUUGCUUUUGGAGAUAAGAUUUUAAAUGGUGAUUUUCUUAUGAAUGCUCAACAGAGUCGUUAUGCAUCUGGAACUGAUAUUGUGAAGUUUCCAAGGGGCGGAUACUUGCAUAGCUUUCCUUUCAUGGAUAGUUCAGAGAGUGGUGCCACUCAGAAUUUCCUACUAUCGGGUAUGAGCAAGGCGGAUUCACCUAUUCUUGGUCUUUUGGAGGUUGGUAGUGGACGAGUUGCAGUCUAUGGAGACUCCAACUGUUUGGACAGCAGCCAUAUGGUUACAAAUUGUUACUGGCUGUUACAGAAAAUAUUAGAUUUUACUGCCAGUGGUAUAAAAGAUCCAGUGCUCUUCUCAGAUUCAAGUAGACAAGAUAAACCAUUGUACCUCGACAGGAAGCAGCUACCAUCUCGCAGAACAGAUGUGAAUUUCUCAACUUACUCAGCUGUUGUUGACAAAGAAUUGAUUUGCCGGAGAGACUCAAGGUUUGAAGUAUGGGGAACAAAGGGCUAUGAUUUACAUGUGAGGGGAAGAAAUCGAAGAAUGCCAGGCUAUGGUUUUAUUGACAUGGGUGGAGGUUUAAACUCUACUCAUCUAGAUCAAAACUCCAAAUCAGCCGCUGACUUGGACAUAUUUUCCAGAGAUGAUCUAGAUUUGCUGGUGGUUGUCUCUAGACAUUGGCUUAUACCAGCUAUUGCUGUUCUUGGGCUUAUACUUUUCUUGAGCUGUUGGAAAAUUAGGCAGAAGCGCCGGCGGAGGAGAAAAGUAUCUUCGACCUCUCUCCGUUAUGCUAACCUUUGAAUUUAGAACAUUGGAUUUAGGAAGCAUUUUCAUGACUGCCUAUUCAAUAGUUUUCGUUCUUGUAUCAUAGCUCCAGAUUUUGUGCAGUAGAAUUAAAGCAACAGUUUUGCAUUGAAGAUAUAGCAUUUUCUUUCCAGGUGAACAGAUUCUUUGAAAUGCAAAGAAAUAUGCAACUGAAGAAUGGUUUUUUUUUU